CGAGCACCCGGAAGUACCCUGACCCGUCCUCAUCAUUUUCUACCGUGUAUAGUGAGCAGAACGUGUGUCAGGCGCCCACAGGCUCAAAUAUGCUGACCAGCAGCCGGAGACGGAGGCGAGAGGAAGCAGAGCUCGGGGGCGACGAAGACACACAGAGUACUAAAACCGAGCCGGACCACCUACCGGCCGACGAGGAGCUGGAGAUCUGUGUGAGCACCGAGAGGAGGCAGCGGCUGAGCCCCCAGGAGGAAGAAGCCCUGGAGAGAGAGCACUUCUGGAAAAUCAGUAACACUUUCUCCUGCUAUGGAACGCAUAUUCAUGAGCGAGUGAAACGCACAGAAACACAGUUUAAGUCCUUGCCAAAAUCUCAACAAAACUUGCUCCCCAAUUUCCUUUCAAACCUCGACCGGAUCCGCCAGUGUAUAGAUCACAAUCAGGAGAUCCUGCAGAUGAUUGUGGAUGAUUGCACCGACAUGUUUGAAAACAAAGAGUACGGCAGCAAUGGUCAUAGAAAACGUACCCCGGCAUCAACUUUUGACAUGGACAAGCUGAAAUCUACCAUUAAACAAUUUGUGCGAGACUGGAGCGAAGAUGGCAAGUCCGAGAGAGAGGCUUGCUAUCAACCUAUCAUUCAGGAGAUCCUAAAGUAUUUUCCAAGGGAUAAAUGUGAUGUUGCCAACAUUAAUGUCCUUGUGCCAGGUGCUGGACUUGGCAGGUUGGCCUGGGAAAUUACCAGACAUGGAUAUUCUUGCCAAGGGAAUGAAUGGAGUUUCUUCAUGCUCUUUUCUUCCAAUUUUGUACUCAACAGAUGUUCUCAAAUUAAUGCUUUUAAACUUUAUCCUUGGGUUCACCAGUUUAGUAACAACAGGAGUCUGACAGAUCAAAUAAGACCAGUUUACUUCCCAGAUGUCAACCCUCACCAUCUCCCUCCCGAUGCAAAUUUUUCAAUGACUGCUGGAGACUUCCAGGAAAUCUACACCGAAGCCAGUUCUUGGGACUGCGUUGCAACAUGCUUUUUUAUAGAUACGGCACACAAUGUCCUUGACUAUAUUGAAAUCAUUUGGAAAAUACUAAAACCUGGGGGCAUAUGGAUAAAUCUUGGUCCGCUGUUGUAUCACUUUGAAAACUUGGCAAAUGAACUUUCCAUAGAGCUGAGCUAUGAGGAUAUAAAAACUGUAAUGUUACAACAAGGGUUUCUCAUAGAGGUAGAAAGAGAAUCUGUGACUACAACGUACACUGCAAAUAGCUCAUCAAUGAUGAAGUACAUCUAUGAUUGUAUAUUUUUUGUGGCUCGGAAGCCAGAGUAGAAGUAUGUUUUCAAGUUAAUAAUAAUGAACUUUGUAAAUCAAAUGAAACAACCUAAGAUGGCUUGAUUGAAUGGACACAGUCUGAAAACAACGGUGCCUUCUUAUUCUUCUUGUCCAGAACGUCCCAGUUGUCCCAGGAAUGUGGACCAUGCCAACAACCACACUCCACAACCACACUAGACUGAUGGGGAUAGUUUUUCCAAACUUCAUCUUCUCAUAUUAGGGAUUUUUUUCCUCUCUUAUUUUGAGUAGGAGUUUUAUUGUGGAAAAAAUGAUUUUGGGUGAAUGCUAUAAAGCCUCUCCAGUCCUAUUCACGAUGCCAUAUCGUACAUGUUCUCCAGAUCUAUGUACCCAUGUUUUGCGAUUUCAUGAAAUCCCUAAUGUUAACUACGCAGAAAUAGCAGGGUCACGUUACAAGUAGUACUUUGAUUUAUCCUCAUUAGGAAUAUUGGUGCAACAUUAUUAAUUAGCUAAAUGAAAUUCAGUAAUUUAUUCCACUUUUUUUAAAUAAAUCUUUCUAUUUAUA